UCACUUUGCGCUCUCUGUCUCUGUGUUCCUUCACUUGGCUCUCUCCGAGGGACUCUGCUAAAAAAUGACUAGAGACGAAGUUUCCAAAGGCAGCGAUGACAUGAUGAUUGACGAAUAUGAACAGAAGCAAGGGAAUGUGGUUCCUGAUGGAUUUAACUCUCAUUAUCUCAAAGUUUACUAUGGAAAGCUCUUUCCAUAUGCGGAUAUUUUUAAAUGGAUGUCCUAUGGAAAUGAUGGGAAGCAUCCUGCAUGCGACCAGUCCUACUUUAGCCGGAGAGAGUUCUCUUUCACACUGGAUAAUGAGGUUUAUCUGCGGUUCCAGUCUUUCAACUCUAUGUCUGAGCUUGAAAAUUCGGUGAAAGAAAAGUGUCCAGUCAAAAUAGAUAUUGGGCCUGUGUACAGUGUUGAUCCUUCAAAGAGGCAUGCAUAUGCUCAGAGUGGCGAUAAUGUUUUCACCCCAGUGGAGAGGGAGCUGAUUUUCGAUAUAGAUAUGUCAGAUUACGAUGAUGUUAGAUACUGCUGCUCAGGAGCUGAUGUUUGUUUGGAGUGCUGGCCGCUUAUGACAAUUGCUAUCAAAGUUAUUGAUACUUCCCUUAGAGAUGACUUUGGUUUCAGUCACAUUCUCUGGGUAUAUAGUGGAAGACGUGGUGUUCAUUGCUGGGUUUGUGAUGGGAAAGCAAGAAGGCUGACAAAUGAACAGAGAGCAGCUAUUGCUGACUAUUUUCGUGUCUAUAAGGGCAAUGAAAACAGUCAUAAAAAGGUUUCUUUUACUGGUCUUGCUCUCCAUCCAUUCCUUGCGAGAUCUUAUACUGAAGUUCUUAUGGAUUUCUUUGAGAGGAAAUUGCUUUUGAGUCAAGAGAUAUUUUCAACUGAGGAGAGAUAUGAAAAGAUCUUAGAUAUGAUUCCUGAUCCUGAUCAAUCUAUUACUUCUGAGCUGCGUGGGAAAUGGCAGGAAAAGAGAAGAACCGCUAAUUCAAAAGAUGACAUUAAUGUUCUUAGAUGGGAGCAGCUGAAAAACGUGCUGCAAUCUGGAAAACAUAAGGUGCAGGGACUCCGCAGGUGUGUUGAAGAGAUUGUGUUCUCUUUUACCUACCCUAGGCUUGACAUGGAGGUUUCAAAACAUAUGAACCAUUUGUUAAAGGCGCCAUUCUGUGUACAUCCAAAAACAGGUCGUGUCUGUGUUCCAAUCGAUCCAAACCGAUGUGAGGAAUUUGAUCCCACGGCAGUACCAACCCUUUCCAAUCUUUUAGAACAACUCAAUAUUGGAGGUUUAAGAGCAGAAGUUGAUAAUGACUGGGACAGAACGUCACUUGGAAAAUCAAUACGGUUUUUCAGAUCGUCAUUUUUGCAGCCUCUGCUAAAAUCUUGCAAGGAGGAGAUGGAAAGUUCAUACAGUGCGAAACUGCAGCAGUCGAAGAACUCCUUUAGUUGGUAAAACUGUUUGCUACAAUACAAUUAUAAUUCAUCUUGUGGAAUUGUCCCAACUUUCUGUGGUCCAGUUGAUGUGAAGUUAUAUUUUCAAAAGACAAUCAGGAUUUAACAACGUACUGACAUCUAUUUGUAAAUGACAUGACACUUUGUUCACCAAACAGCACACAUGUAUCUUUUUUCUUUUCUUUUUUAAAUAUUCCUGUUGCAAUUAUUCUU